AUGAUGACACCACAAGUGGAGAGUGAGGAUCGUGCGGCAGAAUUCCUCCACCGCGCACUCACUCGAGCUCGGCUGCUCCUGGCGUUGCGCGAGCAAGCGGAGCAUAGCCAGAAGGCACAAGCCCAGGCGAAGCAAGACACCGUGGCGGACGAAAAUCACCUCGGCGCGCUGUUACCGUCAUCGUUACCAAGAGCAGCGGUAGUACAGGACAUCGUAUUUCGCAACGAUGACUCACUCCACUCGGUGGAGCUCGAGGACGAGUGCAGCGACGCGUGCCAGCAGCGGCAGGAGGGGGGUGAUGAGCAGUUGCAGCAGCAACCUCAAGAGGAAAAAGAGGAUUCGGUUGUUGUUCAGACCCUGCCACUUCCCCAGCUGCGUUGGCCGGUGCCAACAUGGCAGCAGCGGCAGGAGGCGCGCGCGAAGCAGCGGCCACGGCAGCAGAAGCGAUGCGGUUUGACGGACUGCGCCGAGAAGCGGAGCUGGUUCUGCAGCCCUCCCGUGGUCGCUGGGGCGUGCGCGGGCGUUGACGUGGGGACGGACGACGACGACGCCUAUCUCCCGCACCUGCGCGGCGGCAGCGCGUCUUCCCUGACGAUGACGGGCGACCACAGCGACAGGAGCAGCUCGCCCGACACGUACGCGGCGUCGCACGCC